CAGUGUCGGAGGUUGAACGCGCGCUCUCGUGUCGGUGUGUGGGCAUGAGACGCCAAGAUCUCCCAUAAUACUUUUGAAGUUUUCCCAAGUUGAAAUUUCGGAUUUUGGUAUCAAGACUUAUGUAAAUAUAUGUUGAUAGAGGAAUACUGCCUUGACUUUGCCGUAAUAUGAAAAAUCUUAACUUUUGGGAAAGAUAAUAUUUGUCAUCGGUUUCAAGAUAAAAAGAAUCUAGCCUGAAGGAGGAGGAAGCCCGACGAAGGAUCGGAAGGUGUCCCGCACAUGUGUUCCUUCGAUCCCUCCCUCCCGCCUCGCCUUCUGCAGGACGCGCGGAUCAUCCUCUGCAGGGGAGGCGGCGUGCCCUGAUAUCGGGCGGGUGUGAGUAAAGGCAGAGAGGAAAGGUAGACAGGAGAAGAGGGACGACCACCGGGGAGGACGACGCGGAACGACCUCUCUCGCUCGUCAGGAAGACUCGGUCCUCUCGCGGUCAUCGGCGCUCGCUCUCCCUCCAGGAUGAAGCUGAAGGAACGGCUGGUGAUCGGGGUGAUGGCAGGGCUGGUGGUGAUGACGGUGGUGUUGGUGCUCGACGUGGAGACGGGCAUCACCAUGGGAGGACGCCCGCGCACGCCCACCCACGCCCGCGUCCAGUACUCGUUCCGCCAACGCCACCUGCAGAAGACCAACAACGGGUCCCGGGAGGCCUCCCUGGCUGCCGUGGCCUCCGCCCAGCUGAACGCCGCCGUCGAGGGGCCGGACAACCUGGUGGCCGUCGGGAGCAAGGGCCGGCGGGAGGGGAACGUCACGUCGGCGGCGCCCUCCGACCGCUACGACGACCUGAUGGAGGCGGUGCUCAAGAUCCACAACGUCAGCAAGGCGAGCCGGAAAUCGCGCAAACACUGGAACCCAACCCUGAAGGAACUCCUCAGCGUCGACCUCAGAGACAACGCUACUCUCUGGGACAAGUUCCACUUGAGCAUCUCGCGCGACGAGCUCUAUGCUGCCGACGACCCCGCCAUCAACAAACUCCUGGAGCAAGUUAAAACGCUACAGAUCAAUCACAUAACCCAGAAAGAGGGGGGGACUCAGCUCAAGCUACUCAUUGAAUUUUCCAACGGAGGCCACGCGCUGUUCAAGCCCAUGAGAUUCCCUCGCGAGCAGCAGACGAUGAAAAACCACUUUUAUUUCACCGACUACGAGCGCCACAACGCCGAGAUUGCAGCUUUCCACUUAGACAGGCUGCUAGGUUUUCGCCGCGCUGCCCCAGUCGCCGGAAGAACAGUGAACAUGACGCGAGAACUCUACGCCCUCGCCCAAGGAGACCUUCUGAAGACGUUCUUCAUUUCGCCGGAUGGGAACCUCUGCUUCCACGGAAAGUGCAGUUAUUAUUGCGACACCGGCCACGCCAUCUGCGGCAAUCCUGACCUACUGGAGGGAUCCUUUGCCGUGUUCCUGCCGGCCAAGGAACUGGCGCCGAGGAAGGUGUGGCGUCACCCUUGGAGGAGGAGUUACCACAAGAGGCGGAAGGCUCAGUGGGAAUUAGAUGACGACUACUGCCAGCUCGUGAAGGAAGUCCACCCAUACAAUGAGGGCCGGAGACUUCUUGACAUCAUGGACAUGUCAAUCUUGGACUUCCUCAUUGGCAACAUGGAUCGACAUCAUUAUGAGACGUUUAAGGUGUUUGGCAACCGAACGGCGCCCAUUCACCUCGACAAUGGCCGCGGCUUCGGCAAACCUUUCCACGAUGAAGUGUCGAUUCUGGCGCCGCUGUAUCAGUGUUGCCAAAUACGACACUCGACACUUUCUACUUUAUUGAGAUUCCACUCGGGCCCAAUGCAUCUGAGUGAGGCCAUGAGGGUGUCGAUGUCAGUGGACGCCGCAGCCCCUGUGUUGUGGGAACCUCAUCUGGUCGCCCUUGAUAGGAGGCUCAGUAUCAUCCUGCAGACGGUGCGAGAGUGUGUGGAUAAGACGAUGGAUCCUAUGGCUGUUAUCGUGAAUGAUCAUCAUUAAGGGAUAGGGAGGUGGGGGAG